AUGGACUCGUCGGUGGACGACUUGGACGAUCUUCUCGAUAGUGCAUUGGAGGACUUCCGCCAAGACCCACCUGCACCUGCGCCCGCCGCCACUGCUGCCGCCACCAGCAGCAGCAGCAGCAGCAGCGCCGCUGGCCCCGCAUCCCACACACCAACGCCCCCACUGCCUGCUGCGGCGUCGCCUGCCGCGCCACUCUCCCCCGACGCGCCAGCAGCAGCAGGGCUCGCCCGCGAGGAGGCACACGCGGGGUCAGGCCCCGCAGCGCCAGGCACAGGCGCACGCACAGCGGGCCUCACAGCAGCGCCCGCAGCAGGGGGGGCAACGCCGGUGGGGCUGGGGCUGGGAGGGGGGCUGCCGUCACUGCCAGCGAGGAAGAAGAAAAACGCCCCCGCAGGCACGGGCACGGCCAAGGCCGCUGCUGCUGGCGGCGGUGGUAAGACAAGUAACAGUGGUAGUGGUGGCAGGAGUGCAAGUGGGAGAGGGGGCAGCAGCAGCGGCGGCGGGGGGAUAUCAUCGACGUUGGAGCAGCUGCAGCAGCAGACACAGCGCACCGUCAGUGGCAUUGGGGAGGGGGACGAUGCGGCAAGGGGGAGGGCAGGAGCAGCGGGGGGGGUGCCUGCAGGGCUAGGGGCGGGCUUGCCAGGGCUGGGCGGGCUGGGGGGUUUGGAGGGGUUGGGAGGGGAAGGGGAGGAGUUGGAUGAGGCAGUGGUGGAGCGACUGGUGAAACAGUUCGAAGACAUGGGCACACAGGACAUGGCGGGGCUGAUGGACGCGGUGAUGCAGCAGCUGCUCUCAAAGGACGUGCUGCACGGGCCAAUGAGGGACCUCCACGCGCGCUACCCCGCCUGGCUCGCCGCCAACGCCGCCACCCUGCCGCCCGAUGACCUAGCGCGGUACGAGCGGCAGCAGCGCGCCAUCGGGCGGCUGUGCGCGCUGUAUGAGGAGCGGCCGGGCGACUUUGAGGCGAUCAUGGCCGUGAUGGGCGACAUGCAGGCGUGCGGGCAGCCGCCGCCCGAGAUGAUCAAGGAGAUCGCUCCGGGGCUGGAGAUGGGGGCAGACGGCCUGCCUGUGCUGCCUGACAUGCUGCAAGGAGGGGACCUCCCUGCUGACUGCUCUCUCAUGUAA